AAAAACAUACAUACAUAUGUAUCUGAAUCUGUCGGUAGAUAUUACUUUGGCAAAAUAAAAUGUUUUCUCUUCUAAAUAUUGCGCCUAAAUACUGAUUCUGGGGAUUUCUAGCCUAUUAGCUAGUCUGACAGUAGCCUGUCAUUUAGUACGAUUUCGUUAGGCGACCUCUUCUAAUAGUUAGCGAUAUAAAAUGAAACGUGAUUUAUCAACUUCGACCAUUGGUCGAGAUGAUGCCCGUAAGCCUUUAAUGAAGGCUUAUAUGUUCCAAAGACGUAUCUUGUUUUCGUGCAGUUGUUUAAUGGUCAUAUCUUUAAUAUUGUGGAUAAUAGCAAUUUCAACAGAUCAUUGGAUUAUUAUAAGUGGUGGGAAACAGGGAAUUUUUAUACCAGAAACAAGGCGUUUCUUUGUAUCAUCCCAUUCGGGUCUAUGGAGAUUUUGUAGAAAUACUAUAACACCAACCGCUUUACCGAAUGCUAAUGUUGUGCGUAAUAUUACUUCGAUAGCAUUUCAAAAUCCUAAUGUGAUAAGUGAAGCGAAAAAUAAUUGUUCCCACAUGGCUUUCAUCAAAGAGUUUAGAGAUGAAAUUGUCGAUACUCCAUUGGUUAAUUUUACGGAGGCAGCAAAGAGGCGUAUGUUUGCUCAUUGGGUGUUAAAAGACGAAAUGGAAUUUCAGACAUUUAGAAAAGCAUUUCAGGAAUUGGUGCUGUCUACUCCAGAAGCGAAAAAUGAUAUAGAUCCUAUAGAUGCCCAGCCAAUAGCAAUUGAUCCUUUGAAUGUGCGUCACAUAGAGGGAAAUAAAAUAUUUGGAAAGGCAUUGCAAAAAGUAGUCAUUAAUGCCACAACGUAUAAUUUUGUUAUACCGGAAAUGGCUCAGGCCGCUAUAUUUGAAGGAUGGGCUGAAAAACGUUACGUGCCACGUUUAUUCUGGCCAUAUGCCAGAGAUUUAGGAGUACCUGCAUUUAUAUUGAAUGAUGAUAGAGUCAUUUUGCAAUUGAUGCCUCCAUUCCCGCCUAAAAAAGGAAAAAUCGCCAAUGGUUAUGAAUACACCUAUUUAAGUCGUUGCAAAUAUAUUGAUAUGUUCCCUAAUGCCAAUGAAUUGCGCUUGGAUCCUGGUUUCGAUUGGACUUUAAUGGACUAUAUUCGCUCCCAAGCUUCUUUCGCGUGCAUAACUGUAUUUGUAAUGUGCUUGGGAUCGGUGUUUUCGUUUUACACCUUCAAAAAUCCACGUUACAUGUUCAAACGCUUAGCAGGAGGUAUUGAUUUAGUUGCAGCAUCUACCGUUCUCGUUGUCAUACAGGUUUUGUUUGCAUCCGUCGACUACACAAAAGAAAAUCUGUUUUAUGCCUAUCCAAAUGGAGCAGAACUAACAUAUGGUGCCGGAGUUUAUUUGGCUUGGUUUACAUUUGUUGUUAAUCUCAGUUGUGGUCUAUUGUUUAUGUGGUACUCGGGUAAAAAGAAGGGUGCAAAAGCUCCAACCGAUGAAAUUGCCAUGGCUGACGAACCAACCAUCAUGGGUAGAUGAACGUAAACACGUUUGUAAACUGAAAUUGUAUCCCAAAGAAAGAAAAACACAGUUCCUCCAUGGCUGUUUCAGCAUUUUAUGGUUUUUUCAUUUUAAGUUUUUGUUGUAGUUUUCCGUUGUUGGAUUAUAUAAGGAUAUGGCUUUCCGCUUAUGCUGCCUUUCUUUUUAAUGCAUAAUUUAUUAUUAUUUUAAGUCAAAUGGCGUUUUUAUACAAAUACAUAAAUAUAAAUAAUUACUACACAUGCAAUUACUGUACGAAUAUUGAAAUACUCUUUAAGACUUUGUUAAUAUAAAUUAUUAUUUUAAAUAAUAGAAUAUUAUGUAAAUAUUAAUAAUCCGAUUUUUCAAUAUUGUUUAUUAAAUAAAAGAAGUGUUGUGUUUAGUAAUAAAAAUCUCUA